AUGCAGGUUCACCCCCUGUUCAAAUUCACCCCUCAAGCAGACCGAUUCGACGUGGCCGUACUCCGUCUGGACCGAGCGGCACGCGAUCUGCCUCACGUGGCGCCCAUUUGCCUGCCAGGAGGCAGCACUGCCGGGGCGACCAUCACAGGGGCGCCAACGUCCGUGGGGGGCUUGGUGGGCGAAGCAGCUGUGGCGGCAGGAUGGGGGGCGUUGAGUCCUGGGUCCAGGUUGCGGCCGCAGACGCUGCAGGCUGUCAGGGUGCCGGUGAUCGACAACCGGCAGUGUGAACGGUGGCACAGGUCGAAAGGAAUCCAGGUGACCAUCCACGACGAGAUGCUGUGCGCCGGGUACAAGACGGGUGGCAGAGACAGCUGCCAAGGCGACUCGGGUGGACCUUUGAUGCUGCACAAGGGCGGCAGAUGGUUUCUAAUCGGCAUCGUCUCUGCAGGGUACUCCUGUGCUCAACCCGGUCAACCAGGCAUCUACCAUCGCGUUGCGCAUACUGUAGAUUGGAUCAACAGAGCUAUUGGAGGAGCAACCUGAUGAUCAACGCCAAUUUUCACGAACAAGAUUAGACGUGUAGGCGAAACAGAGGCCAGAACAAAACGUAUGAGAGGAUUAUUGUAUAUAUUGUGUGUGUUUGUCCCAUUUCAUUGCUGUACAGAAUAUUCCUUUGUGAUUUAAAGUAGAACAGUAGUCAGAUUGAUAUUUUUUUCUUUUGUACAACAUAUUUUGGAGGUUUCCACAACAGUCAAUCCGUCAACACGAAGUAUCCGAGUUAGCUUUCAACCAUACCUUGUAUUACUUUCCUAGUUAUUGGAACAUACCGUAACACUUUUUCUCACAACAUUGUAAUUACCAUUAUAGCCAAUUACCAUUUUGGAAGGGAAAUUUGAAAUAGUGCAAAAUUAUAUAUUAUAGUAAUUUAUUGAAAUUUAUUUUUGUAUGUCAU